AUGAAAACGUCUGACACAAUAAUAGGUAAGAAUCGUUGUGUUACCUGUGAUAAAGAAAAGGCAACAUUGAGAUGUGGUGGAUGUUUACAAGAAUUUUGUUUCAAUCAUUUAACGGAUCAUCGACAAGAACUUAGAAAACAAUUAGAUGAUAUUAUAGCUACUCGUGAUGUCUUUCAACAAACUCUUAAUGAACAAAGGAAUGAUCUAGAAAAACAUGCACUGAUAGGAAAAAUUAAUGAAUGGGAACGUGUGUCGAUUAAAACAAUUCAACAAACAGCUGAAGAAGAAAGACAAAAAGUAUACAAGUAUGCUAGUGUACACAGGCGACAAAUUAAAUUUGAUCCGAACAAGUUGAGUGAGCAAUUGGGACAAAGUCGUGAAGAGAAUGAUAUUGAUGAUACAAAUAUUCGCGAUUGGAAUGAAGAAUUAAAUAGAUUAGCGAAACAACUCAUUAAACCAUUGUGUAUUAAGCUCGAAUUAGAUACUACACCACUUAUUAACGCUAUUUCUGUUAAUGUGACACCGAAACCACCAGCACCAUCUUCAAACUGGAAUAGCAAUCGUGGUAGUAGUUUUGGUUCACGAAGUAGCCGAGGCAGAAGCAGUGGUGGUUUUGGCUCACGAAAUAAUGAUAGUGGAGGUAGUGGUUUUAGUGGUCGAGGUGGACGUGGUGGAUCUGGUGUUGGUGGAGGAGGAUUUGGUUCAAAUAAUAAUGUUGAUUCUCACAGAUGCUAUAAAUGUAACCAAACUGGUCAUAUGAGUCGAGAAUGCCAGGAACCACGCAAAGAAAAUCGUAGUGAUCAUAGUUGCUUCAGUUCAAAUGGAAGUCGUGGUGGAUUCGAUUCAGAUGAUAGUGAUGAUCAUAAUAUUAAUUUCAUACCAGAAUCGAAUGAUGGACCUGCAUCUAGGUCUGUCAACUUUGGAAAUUCAAGAAAUCAAAAUAACAGUGACUCAAAGCCAUCAUUUGGUAAUUGGCGAAAGUCUGCAACAAGUAAUAGUAAUGAUUCAGAAGAUGUCAAGAAUAGCUCAACAUUCGGUAAAUCAGAAAGUCGUGGUGGCUUUAAUAGAAGAGGAGGAUUUCGAGGCGGUCGAGGCGGUGGUGGUGGUGGAUUUAGUUUAGGUGAUCGUGGUGGCCGUGGCGGUGAUAGUGGUGGUGGUAAUAGUGGAAAAUGUUACAAUUGUGAUCAAUUCGGUCAUCAAUCUCGUGAUUGUCCCGAAGAAAGAAAACCUCGUGAAGGUGGCAGUUCUAGCUUCUUUAGUGCCGGUGGUGGUGGUGAUGGUGCUGGUCGAAGAAGUGAUCGAGUAUCUGAUGAUAUUUUCGAUCAAGCGAGUGGUCGUGCUAAUGGUCAACCUACGGAACGUUAUAUUCCACCGCCUGCACCAACAUCAGAAGAUGAUAUUUUUGGUGAAGCAGUAUCAAAAGGUGAAAAUUUUGGAAAAUAUCAUCGAACACAAAUUCAAUGUACACCUGAGGGUAGCACUAAUGAAAAUAUAAUACAAAUAAUUGAAGAAGUUCGACUAGCAGAGAAAAAGGAUCGUCUUUUUCAAUUAUUGAAACAAAAUCUCAAAGAUGAACGUUGUUUAAUAUUUGUUGAAACAAAACGACACGCUCAGUAUAUAGCAGCAUUACUUUCACAAAAGGAAUUAAUAAGUACAACAAUGCAUGGUGAUCUAAUACAGAGACAACGUACUGAAGCUAUACAACAGUUUACUAAUGGCAAAUGUCCUAUUCUUGUGGCGACAUCAGUUGCUGCUCGCCGUUUAGAUUUUCCUUUGAUUAGUUAUGUUGUUAAUUAUGAUUUACCAAAUUCAAUUGAUCUUUAUACUCAUCAAAUUGGUCAUACUGAUCGUUUAGGCAAAUCUAUAUCAUUUUUUGAUCCAGAACGUGAUUCAGAUCGAACACUUGCUCCUGAACUUAUAUUAAAAUUAACUGAAGCUGGACAAGAAGUACCCGAUUUUCUUCGACAAUAUUCUGAUACUUCAAAUAGUGGAUUUGGUCAUGAUGGUUAUAGUGAACGAAAUACUAAUGUGGGAUAUGGAGCGACUGGAUUUGGUAGUAGAAACCUUACUGUUGCUGAUACAGAAGAGUGGGAUUAA